AUGCCCUUUGAAGCCGCUGUUCACCGUGUGCUUGCAAUCCCAGAAUUAUUGGACAUAAUCUUCACCUUCCAAGAUAGACAAUCCAACAUCAAUAACAGUCUUGUCUGUAAACAGUGGACAGGUAUUGCACUCGACAACAUAUGGCGCGAAGUCGACAAUCUGCCCCAUCUCUUCCACUUACUCGCUCCCCUUCAGAAAACUGCGGUCCACCCCACGACUUUCAUUUUCGCAAGGACGCCUACUCAGGCGGAUUGGGCGAAAUUUAUCCCUUAUGCACGUCGAGUACGGCGGCUCGAUUAUGCGGCUAAUGAUGGAUUAAAGUCCAUUCAAUUAGACCAAUCGGUAUUUGACGACAUUGCUCGCACUCGUACAUCGCUUCACAUCCUUCCCAACCUGAACUCGUUGAUUUGGCUCGUCAAGACUCCCUCUGUCCAGCGCUAUCACACUCUGUUUAUGCAUGAAAAGAUUCGAUAUUUCGAAGCUCGCAUCCACUCAACACAGGAAUAUAGCAUCUCUACUCACCUGUCGGAUAUAACUGGACGCAUGCCAUUGCUCACGACGUUGACCCUUCAAUGUCCACUUCAUGUCCCUGUACCCGAUAUGUCGAAUUUACUUCGUGGAUUCCCAAGGUUGAAAAAAAUCACAUUACCCAGACGCUUUCUCAUACCUGCGAUAUUCGAGGAACUGGCUCAAUUGCAAGAAUUGGAGACCAUCGAGUUUGAUUCCUUGGGUGGCGCUAGUGACUACUAUGGGAAGGAGCGCGCCCCGUCCUUCAAAAUUCAAGUGAAGGAAGGAUAUUUCCCAGCUCUCUGGGAUCUGUCUUUGAGCAUGAGCCUCAAAGAUGCGCAGCGGUUUCUGGUGGAUGGCGCUCGACUUCCGAGACUUACAUGUCUCUUCGUAGGCUCCGUACAACUCGAGGAUCCGUCCACUGUUCACGGCUUCUUAUCCGCACUGGUCGAGUCAUAUCCCAACAUGGAGCAUUUGUAUCUGGAUAUUGUGAUUCCUCGCUGGGACCAGCCGGCUACCUUUCCACAGAUAACCUUCGACCACUUCCGCCCCAUCCUUGGCCUAACGAAGUUGGCUACGUUUGAAAUUCGAAACAACUUCCCCAUCCCUAUGUCCGAAAGCGAUGUCGUUCAGCUUGGGACUUUCCUCCCUUCUCUAGAGACCCUUCAGAUCAAUCCGGAGCCAUUUAAGCUAGACGUCCCGACUCUCAGCAUUAGUUCGCUAAACAGGUUCGCGCAGCACUUCCCAAAACUGCGAAAGCUCGGUGUCUACAUCGAUGCAGCGAUUGGCUAUAUACCAUUUGCAGGAGACAUCCACUUUCCAUCACUGGAGGUCCUCAACGUCGGCGUUUCACCCAUCGACGGGGAGGAAGAUACUGUUGUCGUUGCGCUAUACCUCUCCCGCCUCUUCGCAAGUCGGGAGCCUGCUCUUGAGUCCGGUCUUACGUGGAACAGCGACAUGCUUCUAGACGAGGCUUACGAGGAAACGGUCCAAGAGCAGUGUGAUGUUUGGGAAGAAGUCGCGCGGAUGCUGCCUCUGCUCGGAGCGCUCAGACAGGAAGAACGAUUGAAGCGGUCGAGUAUAGAGAAAGAGGUGGAUGAUCUGAAGAUGCGAAAUGAGGUAUUGAUGGGGAGUAUGCACAAUAGUAUGCUCGUCGGGCAGAGAGGCAGGCUCGGAGGCUCAUGCGUUAUUGGAUGA